CAAAGCUAUCCCUAAACCUUCCAAAUAAUCCCAAACGAGAAGCUCCGUUUGUAGCUCAAAGUAGUUGGCACCGAAUGAUCAGAUUGCUGCACAUGACCUCCCACGUCAACACCAAGAGGUGCAUCUUUUUAUUCAAGGAUCUCGGUUAGCCAGGGACUAAGACUUUUUCACCUUAUAAGUGUCGACAACCAUCCUACUAGAAUCAGUAGCCAAAGCAACAUGAUUCCACUUGAUUAGCCAGACAACCCUAAAAUCGGGUUGAGAUUAAGGCUUCAACAACGCUCCAGCACAAACCUCCAAACAGAAGAAGAGACAAAUCUACGGAUAAAACAAUCUCAUCGGUACUGCGAAUGAUUUAUCUCCAAACGUAUGCCUCACCAAGGCACAAGCUCCUUCAUUGACCAAGUGUAGAUAGAUUGCGACUUCACACGUCCUGCCUCUGAGAACCAGAAUGCAGCUUCUCCUAAAAGCUACCACCAUCACAGACUCUUUAUUUUAGAGUUUGCAAAACUCUAUAUUUGAAGUUUCAAGGUGUUUUUCUACAAAAUUAAAACUUAAUUUAUUAUUUGUAAUUUACACUAUGGUCUUUAUAUUUUUCAUAGUUAAUAUAAAUCUAUAAAACUUUUAUAAAUAACUAGCACAUAUAUAAAAAUAAUAUAAAAUAUUAAUUAAUAAAAAUUUAUAAUAAAAUAUAAAAUUAUAAAUAGAAUUACAUAGCUAAAUAUUAAACUACAAGCAAAAUUAGUUAAAAAAAAAACUACAAGCAAAAUACCACAUUAUUACAUAAAAUUAUUUUCGUAAUGCUCCAUCUUCGGUUAAACAAAAUUUUUUUGGACAAUAUUUUAGAAGUUCUAGAGAAAAUUUACUAAACUAUUAGUGUUGUUGUAAUAUUUAAAUUUGUGUAAUAAUUAUGUCUUCAUGUAUCUUUUAUUUUUAAGUAAGUUUCUUUUGUAAUAUUCUUGCUAUCUAAUUCAAGUUUUAAAAUAUUAUAAAUCUUAUUUUAAAAUUUUUAUUUAAUUUUAUGUGUAAAAUUUAAAUUUAUAAAAUAAAUUUAAAAUAUUUAAGAUAUACAAAAGUAUUAAAGAUUAAAAAGAUAAAUGAAAAAGAUACUUAGGAAUUAUAAAUGUGAUGUGUAAUUAAUUAUAAGGACCAAGCCAUGAGACCAAGAUUCAAAUAAAAAGAUAACUUCAAAUUAGAGUUUUAAGAAGUGAAACUUCAAAUAGUCAAAACUCUAAAUUUGGAGUUUUGAAAUUCCUUUUUGGAAAGCAUAAAACUCUAUAUUUGAAGUUAUAAAUUCAUAUUAUUGAGUGUUCAUAGUUUUGUUACAAACUCAGAUUAAUUCUCGUUUGAACAUCCAUAGUGGUAAUCGUAUUACCACUAUACACAUACCAAUCUCGUUAUUGGUUAGCAUUCUCAAAGGAAAAAAAAACUCAUUAUUGGACCAACCGAGCGAUUUGUCUUUUGUUUUUAAUGUUUUCUCGUUAAGAAUUUUGCCACCAAAGGAUAAAGGUUAUUAAAAAAAAAUUGAAUUGUGACGUGGAUCCUACGUCUUUCAAUUUUUAAACAGAGUAGCGAGGGGGAGUAUGAACUUCUUGUGACAAUUUAGUUUAUGUUCCAAAUAUCCUACUAGCUUCCUUUGACCCGGCUCAAGUCGCCAAAACUCAUCCUUUUCUCGGAGAAAAAUGCUUCAGCGACGCCGAACCGGUAAUUUCAAACAAAGAAACCCUAAAAACCCAAACCAGCGGAUGAAAGAACAACAAUCCAUGGAGACUUUAGCCCGCGAACAACAGACAUACUUAAUUUGUCUAGUUGUAUGAAUUUUUUUGUUUAGGCUCCUCCGCAGAAAACAAAGAAAUAACAAAAUAGUUUUUUUUUCAAUUGUACGACUGCCUUUUAUACAAUUGUAACUCUUAGAGCAUCAUUAGCAUUCAUAACCUCUCGUUCUCGUAGUAUCUUAAAAAAUAAAGGAAACUAUUUUUAUUUCCUCUAAAAAAACAAGCCACUAACUAAAUAUUAAACCGCUGGCAGAGUAAGAAAGUUUCUAGGAGAGAGAUAUUGUCUCUCAUUUCUUUCUAUUUUUAGAUUAAUUUGUCCAAUUAUGUAAUCACUAUCAACUUUAUUAGAUACUGCCACUAAAUAUGGUUUAAGGAUUUCCAUUCACAUAAUAAAGAAGAGUAUUUUUAUGUUACAUUUUCAAAAUAUGAGGUUCUAUUUAUAAAUCUAUAAAGCAUUAACACGUCAAAGAAUUGGUAUUGUCGGCGUAGAAACAGUGGUAGCAUAGUGAUAAAAGACGAAUUUGGGAUUAAAUAUAUAUUCGUCGGUUCAAGAUUUCAUUUCUAUUAGAAACUAAAUUGUUAGUUGAUUAGUCAUGCGAAAUGAAACUUUGUUUCCUCAUUUAGAAAAAUAGAUUUGAAUUACAAGUUGGCUUUGACAUUUAAAGAAUUAUUUGGGUUUUGGCCCAUACAUCUUCAAAACUUUACUUGCCUCAUUUAAGAAAACAUGUUCAAAUUACAGUUUCGAUCUUUAGAAGAUUAUUUGGAUCUCAGCCCAUAAAUCUUCCGCCUCAUUUAGAGAAACAAGUUUGGAUUGCUAGUUGGCUUCGAUCUUUAGAAAAUUAUUUGGAUCUCGGCCCAGAUAUCUACUAGUAUAUAUAAAAGUUAUCUCUAGGUUUAAGAAGGAUAUUAGGGUUAAGAGUCAAAAGAAUCAAACAGUGAGAGGCAGAGUUGAAAACAAUCAUGAAAAGGGUCAAGAGGUCUAAACAACCAGACGAAAGGAAAGUAAACGAUCCGUUUACGAACCUUGCUAAUGACAUGAUCAUAGAGAUUCUCAUGAAACUGCCGCCGAGAUCCAUAGCCAGGCUCCGUUUUGGUUCUGAACACGUGUCAUCAAUAAUCCUCGACAAAAAGUUCAUCCAGUGGUACAUAACCCGAUCUUCAACUCAGCCACGUUAUCUUAUCUCACUGUACCGUGGCGGAGACAUGCAGAUGCAGCACUUUCAAUCCUUGUCUCAAGACCAUCCGUAUAAUCAGGGCAUGGUUAGUUAUAAAAUGGAUCCGGAGCUACUGUAUGAAUUUACUCCACCUGUUCGCGGCUUGAUCUGCGGUCGGGACUUUAACAAGAUGAUUGUCGGAAACCCUAGUACGGGUCAGUUCGUAUCGUUACCUAGAGUCAAAACGAGGAGGCAAGAUAUAUUGUCUGUUUUUGGAUAUGAUCCAGUUAAUGAUGUAUACAAAGUGUUGUGCAUGACAGUGGUACUUAAACGUAGUCACAUGUCUCGUAAUGGUAAUGCUGUGCCGUGGGAGGAUAUUGUGUCGGAGGAACAUCAAGUGAUCACUCUAGGAGCUAAAGAAAAAUGGAGAAUGAUCGAGUGUAAGUAUCCACAUCGUCAUAACUCUGGAUGUAAAGGGAUAUACAAGGAUGGGUUUAUGUAUUAUUUAGCUACUUACCAGAAAAAAGGAUCUCUAAUGAGCUUUGAUCUGAGUUCUGAAGAGUUUAAUGUUACUAAGCUACCUGAGGAUCAGAUGCUUCAACAGUAUGGUGAGCUGGUGAAUCACGCUGGAAAGAUAACCAUAGCGCAUCAGGCAUAUAACCGCAACGUUGACCUAUGGGUUCUGGAAGAUGCCAACAAAGAAGUAUGGUCAAAUUUUUUUGUGGUUCCUCCUCUGUCGAUAGAUUUUUUUGGAAGGUUUCGUGACCUCGUGUUCAUGGGUAUACUUGGUACUGGGGAGAUGAUAUUCGCAUCGCGCUCAUCCCCUCCGUUCUUUUUUGUUUGUUUCGAUCCCAAGUCAAAAAAGGUCAGAGAAACUGCGAUUCAUGGAAUUGGAAGGGACUCUCGUCAUAAUAUCCAAAUCUUUUUCGAUCAUGUAGAGACUUGUAUGGUUCUGCCAAAGGUAUGUUAAUCCUUAUUACUGUAAUUGUGACACCUGAUAAAACAAUUUGUUCAGUCUCUUCAUCAAUUACUUUGUAUGAUUGUGGAUUAUAUAUAUAUAUAUAUAUAUAUAUAUAUAUAUAUAUAUAUAUAUAUAUGUAUGUAUAUAUGCAUGUAUGAAUUGUUUAAAGUUUUGGUUUUGCGUGGAGCUAACAAGCUUCAGUUUUUUUUUUUAA